CUUCUCAUAUAUAUCUAUAAAUCAAGUCUACCAUUAUCUCAUAUAUCCUUUUUACUAUCUAGUCACUUAUAUGUCGUACUUAGUAGUUACACGAUCACUACUACCAUUACGAAAGCGAUUCGUGCGUGCCACUAUUCUGAUAACAUCUACAUUUACCUAUAAAUUACCACGACGCCGAUUAAUUAGUUCCAUUCCCGGAACCAUGCGUACAAAUGGGGAUCUGAAUAACACCUCAGCAGCGCGAGAAGUCGCACGAAUCGACAUCGAUGCAGCAUACUCCUACCGGUCCCUCGCUAUCAGCGAAGCAGAAGACGACGCGGCGAUACGCAAGUCGUACCGUCCAUUUCUUCUCAGCCCAGAUAUCACAUCUACCGACUGGAUUAGCAAACUCGAGCUCAGCACUGUAGUGAAGCUAGCCGGGGAGGAUUUCCACAAGGCUGGCGAGCGCCUCAAGGUUCUCGUCCUGUAUGGAAGUCUACGUGAACGUUCCUACUCCCGGCUACUCGCCUUCGAAGCCUCCCGCAUCCUCUUCCGACUCGGCUGCGACGUCCGCAUCUUCGACUCAACUGGCCUCCCCAUAAAAGACGACGUCCAGCACAACCACCCCAAAGUCCAAGAGCUUCGCGACCUCAGCCGCUGGAGCGACGGACAUGUCUGGGUCUCUGCCGAGCAACACGGGAAUCUCACCGCCGUCUUCAAAAACCAAAUCGACUGGAUCCCCCUCUCCGUCGGCUCCGUGCGCCCCACACAAGGCCGAACCCUAGCGAUCGCCCAGGUAUCAGGGGGCUCGCAAUCUUUUAACGCGGUGAACUCUCUUCGUCUCCUCGGGCGCUGGAUGCGCAUGUUCGUCAUCCCGAAUCAGUCCUCUGUGCCGAUGGCUUAUACGCAGUUUACCGAUGAGAGCCCGGCUGAUCCCGUCGAGGGCGGUAGUCGGAUGAUUCCGAGCGGGAAUCGGAUGCGGAUUGUGGAUUGUAUGGAGGAGUUUGUGAAGUAUACGAUCUUGAUGAAGCCGCAUUUUGCGUUGUUUGGGGAUAGGUGUAGUGAGAGGGAGGAGCGGGUGGAGAAGGAGAGGAAGGCGACGGAGAAGGCGAGGAAAGAGGCGGAAGAGAAGAGGGUGGAGGUGGAUGAUGCUGUGGCAGACAGCGUAGAGUAGGGGUCGGGGUCAUUCAAGGUAUUGAUUAAUGAAACUAUAGACUAUAGACUAUGUAGUAUAGGUAGAUUUAUUGAGUACGAAAC